GAUAUAUGUUGUUAUCGUAUUCCUUUGUGUUUUUGUUUAUGAAGGCUUUAAUUUAAAAGUGUUGAGGUUAAAUAGUUAUCAAAAAAUAUUAUAGUAUCGAUUUCACUUUUUAUAAUGGAAACUAAAGGUUCUGAAAAGAAGGAAGCUAAAUGCCAUGAUAUUCAAUCUGGUUUACAGGCCAGUGGCAGUAUGAAUUGGUGGCUGGUGUUUGGUGUCUUGCUGUUGUUGACGGGCUGGACGAGGCUACACAAAGUUGCUGAGCCAGAUCACGUGUGCUGGGAUGAAACUCAUUUUGGAAAAAUGGGAAGUUGGUACAUAAAUCGAACAUUCUUUUUUGAUGUUCACCCACCUCUUGGAAAGAUGCUGAUUGCGCUGUCUGGCUACUUGACAGGAUACGAUGGCACAUUUCCUUUCGAGAAGCCCGGUGACAAGUAUGAAGGAGUGCAGUACGUGGGUAUGAGAGUGUUCUGUGCCAUCUUGGGUGCGAGUAUUGUACCAUUUGCAUUUAUAACGGUGUGGGAGAUGACACACUCUCUCACUGCAGCGGUUUUCUCUGCAGCUUUCAUUUUGUGUGAUGUGGGGAUCCUGACCUUGACGCGAUACAUUCUACUAGACCCAAUCCUCCUGUUCUUUGUGAUGGGCUCCGUUCUUGCGAUGACUAAGUUCAAUUCUUGUGGAGACAGGCCGUUCAGCUGGCAGUGGUGGGCCUGGCUGGUGCUGACGGGCGUCAUGCUGGCGUGUGCGGUGAGCGUCAAGUUCGUUGGCCUGUUUGUCAUCAUCCUGGUGGGCAUCAGAACCCUGGCAGAGCUGUGGUGCAUCCUGGGGGACUUGUCGCGCCCACUGGUCUAUGUGAUCCACCACUUUAUAGCGAGGAUAUUGUGCCUUGUCAUAUUGCCAAUAUUGCUCUACAUGUUUUUCUUCUUCAUUCAUCUGCAAGUGCUCAGUAAGAGUGGAAAUGGAGACGGUUUCUAUAGUUCAGCAUUUCAGUCAAAACUUGAAGGCAAUUCAUUGUACAAUGCAACAAUGCCAAGAGAAGUGGCGUAUGGUGCAGUAGUGACGUUGAAGAAUCAUCGAACUGGUGGGGGCUACUUGCAUUCUCAUUGGCAUCUGUACCCGGAGGGAGUGGGGGCAAGGCAGCAGCAGGUGACGACGUACACGCACAAGGACGACAACAACCUGUUCCUGGUGAAGAGGCACGGCAGCGAGCCGGAGGAGGAGGAGGGGGUGGGGCUGCUGCGGCACGGAGACCUGCUGCGCCUGGAGCACGUCACCACCCGCCGGAACCUGCACGCCCACAAGGAGCCCGCCCCGCUGUCCAGGAAGCACUACCAGGUCACCGGCUACGGCGAGAACGGCACUGGAGACGCGAAUGACGUGUGGAAGGUGCUGAUCGUGGGUGGGAAGGAUGGGGACGUGGUUACGACGGUGACCAGCAAGCUGAAGCUAGUCCACUACCUGCAGCACUGCGUCCUCACUUCCAGUGGCAAGCAGCUGCCUAAGUGGGGCUAUGAGCAACAGGAGGUUACGUGCAAUCCUAAUAUGAGGGACAAGAACGCAUUGUGGAAUGUAGAGGACAAUUUCUUUUCUAAACUGCCAAAUGUGUCGUUCGAAGUUUAUGCUCCUGGGUUCUUGGAACGUUUCAUUGAAUCUCAUGCAGUGAUGUUCCAAGGCAAUGCCGGCCUGAAACCCAAGGAGGGCGAAGUGACCUCACGACCAUGGCAGUGGCCAAUCAACUUCAGAGGCCAGUUCUUCUCGGGCAACAGCUACCGCAUAUACCUGCUGGGCAACCCGGUCAUCUGGUGGGGGAACCUGGUGUUCCUGCUGCUGUACCUGGGCGUGCAGCUGUGCCACGCUGUGCGCCGACGCAGGGGCAAGCCCGUCCACGAGAGCACAGAUCGCAUGUCCAGCGCAUGUGGUUGGCUGUUCCUUGGCUGGGCACUUCACUACGUACCGUUCUGGGCGAUGGGCAGAGUCCUGUACUUCCACCACUACUUCCCCGCUCUUCUCUUCAGCUCCAUGCUAACAGGUGUUGUGCUCAGCUACACUCUGGAGAGUCUACCGCAGCUGCUGCCGGCUGGACUGGCUCACACCGUGUACCACUGGCUUCUGGGCGUCUUCUCUUCCAUCAUUUUCUACAGUUUCUACUUGUUCUCUCCAUUGGCUUACGGGAUGUCUGGGCCGUCAUCGUCCGAUCCCGAAAGCUCGAUGUAUGGUCUGCGCUGGAUGGAGUCGUGGGAGUUCUGAGCGCCAUAUGAAAGUGUGCUAUAGAACUGAUAACUGCACAGUGGACCCUUGUUACUAUGUUUGUACUAAUUUUGAAAUGUAUAUUUAUUCAAAUAGUGUUUAUAUUUUUAUAUUCUUUUAAAUAAAAAUUUUUUAAUUUAA